AUGACCAGUUUAGUUACGGACCGCCCUCCCCCUUCUCAACUUGAAGAACCAACACAGAGAAGUGUGAUAGCGUCGGACUGCCCUCUCCCUUCUCCACUUGAGGAGCCCGUACAAAGCAGCAGUGUGAGUGGACGCGCUUCCCCAUCCUCACUUGGAGGAUCAGUGCCGAUGCACUUUUCACCACAGGACAUCAUGCUCUACCCCAAGGCAGGUCCACGCUCGCAGUCGUCGCGCGGGAGAAAGCGAGGACGUACUCGCAUCCUAACCGAUACUCCGGAAAAAGCAGCCAUCGAAGAACAAUCAAAUAAAAAGUUGGCGAAGAUAGCAGAGAUAGAAAUGAAAAGGAAGAUUAAAGAAAAUAGGCCUACCAAGAAAACAGUGAGACAAAUCUUUUCACUAAAAAAAAUUGACGAUGACACCUCAUCUGAUUCUGAUGAAUGUCCUCCACUUCCAUCAUCGUCAGGGGGGAAGAAGAGUUAUGCAGUGAUGGCGAGGGUCAUAGAGCUUUUGAGCCCAUCAGAAAAGAAGUAG